AUGAAAACUUUCUUCACUACUGUGUUGGGGUUUGAUCUUCGGCAAAUGAACUCGGAUGGUGUUCUAGGACGCGGUGAGGCAUACUAUGGGACCGUCGAGGCUCAGGGAAGGGGAACUCUGCAUUGCCACAUGCUUGUCUGGCUCGUUGGCUCUAUGAAUCCUGACCAAAUCAUGGCUCGCAUCAUCGAUGAAAGGGACAAUGAAUUUGAACAGAAACUACUCUCCUACUUAGACGAUUGUGUUUCAUCUUCAAUCCCAACUCCUAUUGACCCUGCAGUUUCGGUGGAAUCGGACCAUCAGCAUCCCUGCUCGGUGUAUCCCCUCUCGGAGAAUGCAUCGGAUUCGGAACGCUCGAAGGACUUACACAAUGUUGCCAAUAAAUCCCAACGACAUAAGCAUGGACCUUCAUGCUAUAAGUACUGGCGGGGCCCGCCGGAACCUAAGACAUGCAGGUACGACCUGGACGAAGACAAUGGCCGCGAGCAUAGCUUGGUUGAUCACAGUACAAGAACCCUUUACUUACGAUGCCUCGAUGGAAUGGUGAAUACCUAUAAUCCGUCCAUACUUGAGCUGAUGCGCUGUAAUAUGGACAUCAAAUAUGUUGGGUCUGGGCAAACUGCAAAGGCUAUACUACAUUACAUCACGGAUUAUAUUACUAAAACUCAGCUGAAGACUCACGUUGCAUAUGCUGCGAUAGAGACCGCGGUCACCAAACUUGGAGAGUUCAACCCUGCAAGUGAUGACGUCGUCAUCAGAAGCAAGAAACUCCUUCAGAAGUGCGCCUACAGCUUGAUUUCUAGACAGGAGCUUUCAGCGCAGCAAGUUGCCGCUUACCUUCUAGGAUAUAAUGAUCAUCUUACUAGUCACAGGUUUCGACGGUUUUACUGGGGGGCAUUUGAGCGGUUUAUUAGGUCACAAGAAAGCGCGUGUCCUGGUGAUAGCUCACUUGAUACAGUCGCGGAAUCUGAUGACGUCCCCUCAGAAGACACUGGCGAUAAAGAAACGGAAGAGCUGCUCGAACAUGAACCCGAAGAGGACGAGGUGAUGGUGGAUAUCAAUAACGAUGGCACCAUUGUUGCUGUUGGCUCUCGUGUACAAGACUACGUUUGGAGAGGGCACGAGCUGGAUGACCAAUGUUUG